CAGGAUGAAGAUCUGACACCUGAGCAAAUUGCAGUGCUCCAGAAAGCUUUUAAUAGCUUCGACCACCAGAAAACCGGUAGUAUCCCUACGGAAAUGGUGGCGGACAUUCUGCGUUUGAUGGGCCAACCCUUCGAUAAGAAAAUUUUGGAGGAACUCAUCGAUGAAGUUGAUGAAGAUAAAUCAGGUCGUUUGGAGUUCGAAGAGUUCGUACAACUGGCUGCCAAAUUUAUCGUUGAAGAAGAUUCUGAAGCUAUGCAAAAGGAAUUGCGCGAAGCCUUCCGUCUUUAUGAUAAACAAGGCAAUGGCUUUAUUCCUACAUCUUGCUUAAAAGAAAUUCUCAGAGAGUUGGACGAUCAAUUGACCGAAGCAGAGCUUGAUAUUAUGAUCGAGGAGAUCGACUCGGAUGGUUCUGGCACAGUGGACUUUGAUGAGUUCAUGGAAAUGAUGACAGGAGAGUAAAAUUAAAUUCGAAAGGGUGUGUAUUGUCGUCGUCACCAAGCUAUCCGAUUGAUAUUUGGGAUAUACUGCGAACACGCCAAUAGAAAGUUGCAUAAUUGCUUGCCACUGGCGGGUGUCAAUCAUUCACUCAUAUACAUAUUCAAUAUAUAAAUUUGUACAUAAUAUGUAUGUACGUAUACUGUUGAGGCUUCAAUUGUUAUACUAACCAUUGUCUCUCAUAGAAAAUUAAAUAUUUUGGGUUUAAGAUUUCGCUAUUUGUUUAUUUGUAUACUGAAAUUUGGUAAUCAUACUUUAAACGUAUACAUACACCCAUAUUUGUAAAAUAUUGUAUCUACUUCAUACGCCAUAAACAUAUCUUUGGUGUUUACCAAAUAUGUUGCCCAUAAAACUAAAAAAACUUACGCAUCUA